GAGGGUUUUGGCACACGUCAUCAUUCCACACCAAUCAACAGGGAAGAUUGAUUGAUUGGUCCGCCAGUGAUCAGUGGCGACCAAUCAACAGGGAAAUUUAAUUGAUUCGACACGUCAUCAUCCGCCAACAAUCAUCAGGGAAAAUUGAUUGAUUGGACACGUCAUCAUUGGUCAUCAGCCAACAAAAAAAUUGAUUAAUUGGACACGUCAUCAUUCGUCAUCAGUCACCCAUCCAGUCAACUCAAUGGCACACCAAAUCGCCGUCACUACUUUGCUGCAGGCUCUGCAGGCACUGUAUCAUCACCCGGACGCAGAAUUCCGGAAGGCUGCAAGCAGAUGGCUGGAAGAUUUUCAACAGGCGGUGGAUGCAUGGCAGAUAUCGGACAGUCUCUUACAUGAAGCUGGGAGUAGCCUCGAGGUGCAGUACUUUUGCGCCCAGACUCUGAGAACAAAGGUUCAGCGUGAUUUCGAGGAACUACCAACUGGAGCGGCACUAUCAUUACGCAGUUCAUUAGUGUCUCUGCUUGUGAAGUUCCGUCAAGGACCAGCUGCUGUUCGCACACAGCUAUGCAUGGCGAUUGCAGCAUUGGCUGGACAUAUGUCGGCUGCGGACUGGGAGCAGGGGGGUGGUGUAGUCAAAUGGUUGGCAGGGCAGUUGGGUUCCCCCACGGAGGCGAUGCCAGCAAUGCUGGAAUUGCUGGCCGUCAUCCCACAGGAAGCUUACAGCUUGAAACUUGCAUUGCGCCCGGAGCGAAGGCGGCAGUACUACGCUGAACUAUUGGCUUCGGUUGAUGAUGCUCUCAACCUUUUGGUGGCUUGCUUGAAUCAGGGUGGGAGUGAUGCUGAAGUCAGGAAUCAGCAGGUUCUGGGAGCUUUUGCGGCAUGGCUGAGGCUCAGUACGAGCUCACAAGCGACAAUUCUGGCAAAUCACCCAUUGGUCACUGCAGCGUUGGACGGCCUCGACUCGUCGGAGACAUUUGAUCAAGCGGUAGACGCUGUUUGUGAGUUGAUUAAGUUGACUGUGAGUGGAAGUGAGCCAACGAAAAUGGCGGAGUAUAUGCCUUUAGUGCAAGUGCUUGUGCCAAGAGUGAUGGCUCUGCGUCCAAGGUUUGCAGCAGCAGUGAAGGCUGCAAUUGCAGAGAGGAAUGCGGAUGAACAGCAGGAUUCUGCGAAGGGGCAGCUAGAUCUUUCUCAAGAGGACGAGGAAACAACAAAAGGCAUUGCGCGGCUGUUUGCGGAGAUGGGUGAGGCAUAUGUUGAUUUGAUUGCUAGUGGGUCAAGAGAAGCAAUGCUUGUUGCAGAGGCACUGACUGAGGUGACCGCACAUCCUGACAGUGAUAUUGCAAGUACCACAUUUCAAUUUUGGCAUCGUUUACGGCUGGCUCUCUUCGGAAGUGGUGAGGAGGAUGGUUCCAGGUUGCCGGACGUAUCACUGGUUGAAACAGAUAGACGUAUUGCUAUGUUCCGGCCGCUGUUUGAACUCCUUGUAUCCCUGGUGAGUGGUCGCGUCAUGUAUCCAGCUGGAUUUGAUCAGUGGAGAAGAGAUGAGAAGGUUGACUUCAAACGCGCACGAUAUGCUAUUGCGGACUUGCUCUUGGAUGCGGCAGCAGUCCUUGGUGGGGAGGCAACGGUAAAGCUGCUUGCCCAACCUUUGUUUCAGCUUGCCUCUGCAGUUGACGAUGACGAGUCCUGGAGCUGGCAGACGGCAGAGGCGUCACUGUACUGCAUUCGCGCAGUUGCUGAAGCGGUCCCCAAAUCUGAGGCAACUAUUCUGCCCAGGAUUAUGGCGAUGCUACCAACGUUUCCCAAGCAGCCGCAGCUUCUGUACACAGCUUCCUUGACGAUUGCGGCGUAUUGCGAUUGGCUAGCGGUUGCUCCGCAUGCGUCGACAAUGCUUCCCCCGCUGCUCGGUCUGCUAACGAGUGCUCUGUCAGCACCUGAUGAUGCGCCGCCAGCAGCAGCCCUUGCGCUCAAACAUGUGUGUGACGCCUGCCGAGACCAUCUGGUUGGUUCAAUCGAUGCUUUGCUGCACGUGUAUCAGCGUGUCAUGGCUGGGGAGGGCAUUGACAGCAGCUCACGACUCAACUUAGCAGCAGAUGAUGAGCUGCAGGUUGUUGAGGGACUCAGCAAGGUUAUCAGUGCACUGUCGCCUGACCGUGUUCAGAGUGCUCUUCAGGCUUUAUGCAUGCCACUCGUGGUUCCCUUACAGGAAGUUGUUAGAAAUGCCCAGCAGGCAGGACCACAGGAUGUGCCAAGUGCUGGCCAAUAUAUUGUACAUAUUGAUAGAAUUGCGAAUAUUUUCAGGUAUGUUCAUCGACCGGAGCAUCUAGCGGUCGCCUUCGAGCAGAUGUGGCCUCUUCUGAGAGUUGUCUUUGAGCAAAGGGCAAGCGAUACCCGUGUUAUGGAGAGGCUUUGCCGUGCAUGCAAGUAUGCGAUUCGAAGUGCUGGCAAGCACAUGGGACCUGUUAUUGGCCCGUUGUUAGAGGAGGUCCAGAGGUGGUUCGCAGAACAUAGACAACCCUGUUUACUUUAUGUUGCAAGUGAAGUUAUCAAGGCAUUUGGUGGAGACUCUUCCUGUGCUGCACCUCUGGGGUCCCUCAUACAAGUGCUUUUUUCGCAAACAAUCCAGUUGCUAAGGGAUAUCAAGGACUUCACCAAUAACCCAGACACUGCGGAUGAUUGCUUCCUUCUCGCAUCAAGAUGUAUCCGAUACUGUCCCCACCUCAUCGUGCCAACACCUAUCCUCCCGCAGCUGCUCGAUUGCGCUAUGGCGGGCAUGACGGUUCAACACAGAGAGGCAUGCAAGUCCAUACUUGCUUUUACGGAAGAAGUUCUGCUUCUUCCGUUGUUGGAUGACAAGAUAUCAUAUCGACCCGCAGUGGAAGCAGCUGUUGUGCCGCGUGGUAGCACAAUGAUGAGGAUUUUGAUCGGUUCUCUUGCUGGAGCUCUGCCAACCUCAAGGACAGAUGAGUUGGUUGGUGUGGUUAGUGCGCUUGCAAGGUUGUGCGGUCCGAUGGCAGUGCAAUGGGCAACGGAAACGGUUUCACGCAUCCCGACUAUCGCGGUCACUGAUGCUGAGAAGAAUGCAUUUGUGCAAGCCAUCACCACAACAGCUACAGGUGCGCAAGCUCAAGCCUUGGUGGCAGCCAUGGAGGAGAUGUCCGACGUCUGCCGACGGAACAAGAAGAUCUUAGACUCUGUGCAGACUGCCUUGCAGCCUCUGCAGCUUGCUCUUCCAACUCCCGGGUAGCAAAUCCCAGCAAACCGUCGCGAAGCAAAAGUACAGGAAGCAGGAUGUGGGGGGAAUCAAUGGAUUUGGGCUCUAUUUCUGACGUGCACGUCGCCGGCAUUCAAUCUGCCGCGUCUGCUGCCUGCACAGCAUACCCAGACAGAGAAAAGACUCUAACGAUGUUUGCGUCCAAAUGCACUAUAACAAGGCAUGUGCUGAGCAACCCCCUUCCCCGACCUCACCCAGCCAACUGCCCGCACACACGCGCCUACGCACACACACCUACACACACAUGCACUGCAUGCGCACGCACACGCGCACUCAUCCGGGUGGAAGAGGGCGCUGUUGUCGUGAAAAUCCACAACACACACACACAUACACACACAACGACGACAACACAUACGCACUGCAUGCACACACACACACGUACCUGCAUACGUACGCAGGCACACAGAAACACACUCAUGCUUUCUUUGUGGAGUCGUGUAUAGCGAACAUGACAACACACAUACACACACACACACACACACACACACACACACACACACACACACACACACACACACACACACACACNACACACACACACACACACACACACACACACACACACACACACACACACACACACACACACACACACACCUCGCACACGCACACAUGCACACACAUGCACAUAAACGAUUGUGUUUCCCCACACACGUACACAGACAAACACAAAUGCAUGUGCAAGCUGAGGGUUUCUUACAUGGUAGCAUGAUUCUCUGUUAUCAAGUCAUGAACGUGUAGUGGACGAGUGCAGCAUAGUCAUGAUCUCGUAGGGAAAGUUUGCAGCACUAGCUGCUGCUCACCAGUUGCAGCAUUAUUAACUCCCUAAGCCCUCUUUGAUUGACCAGCUUUGCAUGGCAUGGGCACUUAGCUGUACAGGUGCUCAUGAUGCAGUAUUAUCCGAGUGGUGUAGCAAUUGGUUAUUAUGUUCUUUGUCCGAGCUUGUUCAAGUCAACCUGGCAAAGCUUUUUAAACCAAUAACUCCAUCGGGACCGAUGUUGACGAACCAGAAGUCGCAUUUCCCCGAGAGCCUAAAAUCUAUAGUGCUGCGGUAUGAAGUCAAAGUACAUCUCUUACGAGGAGUUUCUUUCAUAUGUCAAGGGCUGGUAAGGUUUUGCGCGGUGAGGAAAAAUAGUUGUGGUAGUACAGUGGUACCCUUCCCCACCAAACCUCUACUGGCGCCUGGGCCUUGUAGAUUUUGGCCCGGUACUUGUAGACAAGAAAAAUGAACAGUGCAGGGGCCGUUGGAGUGGUGGCUUAACUUCGUUGAUGGAGUGGCAGGCUGGCUAUACUGGAGCGCCAGAUGGCUAUAGACAGCUUGGGUAACGGGAUAUAUAGCUAAUUGUCCCUUUUGCUAGAUCAACGAAGCGGGCAUUCUGAGUAGCUGGAGGGCUGCUCUGGAUGGCUGCCUAACUGCCAGCUUGGCAAUGUGGGGCAUGCCAGGUGACUGGAGAGCUUGCUGGUUGGCAGCUUGCUAAGCGGAUGGCCGGCUUGCGAUCUGGCCACCUGUCAAAUUGGCAAGCUGGUAAACACUGCCAUCUGUGGAACUGGCCUUCCGACUCCGGGGCUAACUGGCUAUCUGGCCAGCUGGCUGGCUGGCUAUGUGGCUAUGUGGCUAUCUGGCCAGCUGGCUGGGUGGCUAUGUGGCUAUCUGGCCAGCUGGCUCUGCGUCUAUCUGACCUGUUGGCUAUGCGGCUAUCUGGCCCGUUGGCUAUGCGGCUCUCUGGUUAUCUGGCCAGUUGGCUAUGCGGCUAUCUGGUUAUCUGGCCAGUUGGCUUUGUGGCUAUCUGGCCAGUCGGCUAUGCGGCUCUCUGGGCACUUGGCUAUGUGGCUAUCACGCCAAUUUGCUAAGUCACUAUGUAGCCAGUUCCAUACACAGCUAUCUGGGCCUAAUCUGGCCAGUUCGCUAUGCACCAAUCUGGCCAGUUGGCUUAAAAGGGCUUUUAGA